CGGUUGCUGAUGGUCAGCUGAUGUGUCAGACGGACCUCAGCCUUCAAGCGUUGUAUUGUUGACGUUAAUUUGGACCAAAGGAGUUCUGGCGAUUGCGUGCGUGCUUGUAUUAAUACUAAUACAUACUCAUUAUUCCUAGACACCUUCUUCAGUAUUUGCCAACACUGUGUAGAGAGUAACCAAACAAUGUCUGCAUUGAACUCAGCAGCCGCUGCUGUCAAACUGUUGACGUUUUCAUCGCUAGUUUGGUUUCUUCUGACAUUAUCAGCACAAAGCUCCGAAGCAAAGAACUCAGAAGACAUCCGCUGUAAAUGUAUCUGUCCACCCUACAAGGACAUAGAUGGACAGAUCUACAACCAGAACGUUUCCCUGAAGGACUGUAAUUGCCUCCAUGUGGUGGAACCAAUGCCAGUUGAAGGCAAGGAUGUGGAGGCGUACUGUUUACGCUGUGAAUGCAAGUAUGAAGAAAGAAGUUCUGGAACUAUUAAAGUCACCAUUAUUAUUUACCUGUCUAUUCUGGGCCUUCUGCUGAUGUAUAUGGUCUAUCUGACACUGUUGGAGCCUGUGCUGAAGAGAAGACUGUUUGGCCAUUCACAGCUCAUUCAGAGUGAUGAUGAUGUUGGGGACCAGCAGCCCUUCGCCAAUGCCCAUGAUGUGCUCUCUCGCUCUCGCUCUCGUUCCAAUAUGCUUAACAAAGUGGAGCACGCUCAGCAGCGCUGGAGGAGGCAGGUCCAAGAACAGCGCAAGUCUGUCUUCGACCGCCAUGUGGUGCUCAGCUAAAAGCACUCUUAGUCUGAACUGUUAUAUAUGGGUUCUGGUACUGUGCUAAAGGCUGGGUCUUUUACAUGAUGUGCAACACUCCUCAAUGGUAUGCUGGUGCCCAUGUUUAACAUUGUUUGUGUGUAUGUCUCUUUUUGGUGUAUGUAGGUUUCUUGUCUUGACCAAUGAGUGAGAGGAAACCAUGUUUAUUAUGCUGAUAUAGUCAGUUUGCAUUAAUUAACACUGUUCUUACAUUUUGAAAUGAUGCACUAUAAAAUUAUCGAAAAGAAAGUUUACUCCUAAUGCAGUCCAGUCACACCGAAUUUGAUGUGGGGAUAGAAGUGCCAAUUGCCUCAUAAAAUUAGGUGAUCUAUUUAAUCUGUAACUCUUUUUAUAUGAAGUUCAGAAUUGACACUCACCCCAAAAUAUCAAUUUUCUUUUCAGUAAUUUGUUGUACAGUGUAAAAUUCCCCCUACCACUCUUCUCUUUUUUAACUCUUCUUUUGUACCUCAGUGUUUUCUGUUAUAUGUGAAUAGCAAUCUGUGGAUGUGUUUUGUCAUGAUCUCCCAUGAUAUGCUAUUUGAUUCUUCUCUGGCUUUGUGUAGAUUCAGGUUGAAGCUUCAUGUUGCUUUCAUGAUGUUCAUUUUGGUCUUUGAGAUCUUGAAGACAGUAUUUUUCAAGGUAUAUUCUUUGGAGAUGUCAGAAUAUACACUGAUCAGCCACAACAUUAAAACCACCUGCCUAAUAUUGUGUAGGUCCCCCUCAUGCCGCCAAAACAGCGCCAACCCGCAUCUCAUAAUAGCAUUCUGAGCUGCUAUUCUUCUCCCCACAAUUGUACAGAGUUACUGUAGACUGAGUUACUGUAUCUGUGUUACUGUAGACUUUUGUCAGUUCGAAUCAGUCUGGCCAUUCUCCGUUGACCUCUCUCAUCAACAAGGCAUUUCCAUCCACAGAAAUGCCGCUCACUGGAUGUUUUUUUGUUUUUGGCACCAUUCGGAGUAAAUUAGUAGAGACUGUUGUGUGUAAAAAUCCCAGGAGAUCAGCAGUUACAGAAAUACUCAAACCAGCCCAUCUGGCACCAACAAUCAUGCUAUGCUCAAAAUCACUGAUAUCACAUUUUUUUCCCCAUUCUAAUGGUUGAUGUGAACAUUAAAUGAAGCUACUGACCCGUAUAUGCAUGAUUUUAUGCACUGCACUGCUACCACAUGAUUGGCUGAUUAGAUAAUCACAUGGAUGAUUGUUGGUGCCAGAUGGGCUGGUUUGAGUAUUUCUGUAACUGCUGAUCUCCUGGUAUUUUCACGCACAACAGUCUCUAGAAUUUAUUCAGAAUGGUGCCAAAAAUAAAAAACAUCCAGUGAGCGGAAGUUCUGUGGACAGAAAUGCCUUGUUGAUGAGAGAGGUCAACAGAGAAUGGCCAGACUGGUUCAAACAGAGAAAGUCUACGGUAACUCGGAUAACCACUCUGUACAAUUGUGGUGAGAAGAAUAUCACAUCAGAAUGCUAUUCUGAGAUGCGGGUUGGUGCUGUUUUGGCGGCAGGAGGGAGACCUACACAAUAUUAGACAGGUGGUUUUCAUGAUGUGGCUGGUAUAAGAUGUGUAUAUAUAUAAUAAUUGAAAUAUUCAGGUACAUGAUUUAAUGGAGCCUAAUUUAAAAUAUAGUUCUGUAAAGUAA